AUGCAAAGUGAAGAAGAGGAAGAAAUUAUUGAUUUUAAACAAAUUACUAAUGAGCCUGUUGAGCUACCAACAGAGGAUACAAAACGUGCUGCUUCACUUGCACCUUCAGCGCAUGAGGAUGAUAUUGAUAAUUAUUACAAAAUUAAAUUGAGCAACAUUUACUUUGGAGCCAACACAAAAGAAACAUGCAUGAUGGGGACUACUCACAAUGAUUUUGGGCUUAUAUUCCGACCAGCUUCACGAUUCCCAUAUGUGCAUGAACCUAUAUUAAAAAAUUUUGAUCCAACAAAGGGCAUGUUUUCAAAAAUUACCAAUAUUAUUUUAAAUUCUUAUAACCCGAAAUCUUUUGAUAUUCUUGUCGAAAAAGAUUUUGCUAGACAAGAUAAAUUGAUUGAAACCGAAAAACACAACCAAACAUCAGAUAGCAAUUCUCCUAUGACUUCUUCCAGUCCUAAUAAAUCUACACCAUCAUUAUUUAAUGAUAAUAAUGAUAAUGAAUUACCAGAAAUUUCGACCGAUAGUAAUAGUACAUCAUAUGUUUCAAUUACUCAAACUACUACCAGAACAAGAACUUAUGCUAGAGGAGAAGAUACGCUGAGACGUGAUGGUGAAUUAUUACAAUCUAAAACAAAUACUCGGAAAGAACGUAGUCCGUCGAACCCAUUAGUGCAAUCUCAACCACCACCACCAUCGAAAAUUCAAACAGCUUUUAAUUCAACCCGCUCUCAAAUCCAACCAUCUUCUGCAAACUCUGAUCAAUCGAGUUUUAAUUCGCAUAAUUUUAAUAAGUCCGUAACUCCGCCGCCGCAACAACAAUCAAAAUCUGUACCAAAGACAACAAAAUUUUUGUCAAAUAUACAAGAUUCAACUCAUGAAGAGCUUUAUAUCACUUGUACUUUUCCCACCGAAAGACGUGCUAUUCUGUAUUCAAUUGAAGGCUCAUUAUAUCAUCUCAAUUAUUGCAUUCGAGAGAAAUUUAACAAACAAAAUUGGAAAAAUUCUUGGUAUAAAUAUGAAGGAGAAUGGAAACCUUUAGUUGAUGAAGAUGAUUGGAAAGCAGCAAAAUUUUCGAAAAAAAAAGUGAAAGGAUAUAUUAGAAUCGAAAUUUGUCUGAGAUGA